AUGCGAUGGUUACUAGAGGGUCCUGCGACGGUGUCGCACGGUCCGUUCCAUCGGCGGCUUAUAAAGCUGUUAGCGAAGAAGCCCCCGGCGCCGCCUAAGCUUCCGCCUGAUGUGUGCUGUACUAGUGACUCGCUGCACCCCCCUUCUUCCCCCGCCCCCCCCACCUCCUCCCCUCCCCACCCCCCCCCCUCUCCCCACUCUCCUCCCCCCACCUCACCGCCCCCCUCCCCUCCGAGGGUCAUUCCGCUCUCAUCCCAUCCGCGCUCAUCCCCCUCCUCUCCCCGCUCCGCCCUUCCGUCCGCCUGUCCGCGCCCGCCCGGGGUCGCCACAGCCGUCGUGGCGUGCAUGAACGUGUCGUGCCCGCAGGACGCGGCGUGCGCCGUGGACGGCAGCAACUUCCCCUUCUGCAAGUGCAACGGGACCCUCGCGCUGAUCAACGGCGCGUGUGUGCCAGCCGUGGACGGGCAGGUGGUGGUGACGAGCGUGCUGCUAUUCGCUACCGCCAAGUACGCUCCCGCGCCGCCCGCCGUGCUGCGCGGCGCCAUCCCCAACCGCACCUGCGUGAACCUGCCCACGCCGCGCGCGGGUGCCGUGGGGUCGCUGCGCAUCCUGUGGAGUGUGAAGGACGGCAGCAGCGGCGCGAGCCGCGUGAUGUGCGGGAAGGUGCUGUUCUGGAACCAGAGCGACUGCAGCGGCUCUUCGUCGGCCUUUGAGGUGCCGGGCGGGUGGAAGAAGGCUGAUGCGGCCAAGACCACCUACGCCGCCACCAGCAAGGUGGCAGCGGGAGUGGUGCUGAAAGCGCAGUCCAUGUCGUGCCUCACCGCCAUCGCCCCCAAAGGUACUUUCGUAGCACGCCCAGCACGGGUGGUGGCAGUGGGGCGUGUGAGACGGCGUGCCCGGCCAACUCGGUUUGUGUGGGGGAGGGCACUGGGGCCACGUGUCCUUCUCUUGUUCUCAUUCGCCCCAUUGCUCGUCUCUAUUUGUCUCCCAUCAUCCAUUCACCCCUGCCUUCCUGCUCCUUUCACUCCCUCUCCCGCCACCCGUUUCCCCAACCCCCCUUUGCCCAUUGAUCCCCCUCCACACCAGUGGUGGACAUGUGUAAGAUUGUCACCUGCCCCACCAACUGCAACUGCUCCUCUUCUGCCGGCAUUGCCAAGUGCUCCUGCCCAGGUGAUUGCAACAGUGCCAACUGCUCCUGGCCAGGUGAUUGCUACAGAGCCGAGUGUUUCUGCUCAGGUGAUUGCAACAGAGUCGAAUGUUCCUGCUCAUGUGAUUGCAACAAAGGCGAGAGUUCCUGCUCAUGUGAUUGCAACAGAGACGAGAGUUCCUGGUCAUGUGAUUGCAACAGAGGCGAGAGUUCCUGACGCAUGCUACGGGGUCAAGUGUCCGGACGUGGCCACGUGUGUGGUGAAGAGCGGUACAGCGGUGUGCCAGUGCCCCGCACCAUUCGCACGUCUCAUUGACAGCGUGUGCUCCUCGGCCAACCUGGCCCACUCUGAAUACCUCGACGUUCACAACAACGCCCGCGCUGCGGUGGGGGCCGUGCCUCUCGUGUGGGAUGACACAUUGGCGGCGCACGCGCAGGCAUGGGCGACAGCGCUGACCAACGCGUCCUACAACUGCAGCAUCGUGCACGGCGGGCAUGACGGCGAGGGGCAGAACCUCGCCGGCGCCAGCCCGGCGGGGGUCAAGAAUGGCUCAGAUGCGUCGGGAUGGUGGGUGAACGAGGGGCAGUGGUAUACGGUGGAUGUCCACCCCAACGGCUGUGCGGGCGGCAACUGGGCCAAGUGUGGGCACUACACGCAGGUCAUUUGGAACGGCACGCGCACGCUGGGGUGUGCCAAGGCGUCGUGUGGCACGGGGUCAGACGUGUGGGCGUGCCAUUACUACCCGCCGGGGAACGUCCGCGGCCUGCCGCCUUAUGUGCAAGACCCGUGCUUCAGAGUGCAGUGUCCGUCCACCUCCACGUGCUCAGCAGUGGACGGCAAGCCCGUGUGCGUGUGUGGAGUGGGCCAGGCGCUCGUCAACAGCUCGCAGUGCCUUCCAGGUGCGCACCUGCCCCCGGCACCCCUUCUUCUUCUAUCUGCCCCUCCCAUGCACCUCCCAUGCACCUCCCAUGCACCGCCCAUGCACCUCCCAUCACAUGUCUCCACCUCCUCCUCUCGAUGUUUCUCCAUCUCCCGUCCCGCCUUCACUCCCUCACCACCUACCCUCUCAUCGCGUGCCUCCCCUUCUUCCCCUUUUUUCCUCUCUUCCUCCCCCCACCCCCAACACCCCCGCCCUCGCCCAGACCCGUGCAUAGGGGUGAGCUGUCCGGCGGGCGACCUGGUGUGUGACACCAGCACCGGCACGGCGCAGUGCGUCUGCCCCAAGGGGACGCUGCUCGUUGCCCCCAACAUGUGCCUCGCGCCGGUAUGUGUGGGGGUGCAGUGCCCCUCCACAUCUCGCUGCAGAGCCACCAAAGAUGACAUCCCCUUCUGUGCUUGCCCUGAUUGCUCCUCCCUCGUCAACGGAACCUGCACUCAAGCGGCCCCUGCCACAGUGACAACCAGCCUGGUGGUUUACAACGCGCCCAACUUCACCAACUCACCCGUCUCCCUCGCGCCUGUCGUGUUCCGAGCCACCACGCCCGACGUGGGCUGCGUGAACGUGCCGGCAGGCUUCGCAGGGGCGGCGGGAUCGAUCAAAAUCGUGUGGGACGUGCCGGACGGGGCGGCGGGGGUGAGGCAGGUGUGCAAGCUGAUGUGGUUCAACAACGGCACCGACUGCGCUGGCUGCUUCCACCUGCCACCCAUUCCCACCACACCUUCUCUCCCACUUCCCCUCCCACCAGAGGUGGACAUGUGUACAAUCGUCACCUGCCCCACCAACUGCACCUGCUCCUCUUCUGCUGGCAUCGCCAAGUGCGCCUGCCCAGACCCGUGCUACGGAGUCAAGUGUCCCGACGUGGCCACGUGUGUGGAGCAGAGCGGUACGCCCGUGUGCAAGUGCCCCGCGCCCUACGCGCGCCUGAUCGACGGAAAGUGCUCCUCGGCCGACCUCCCUCACUCCGACUACCUCGAUAUGCACAACAACGCCCGCGCUGCUGUGGGGGGCGUGCCUCUCGUGUGGGAUGACUCAUUGGCGGCGCACGCGCAGGCAUGGGCGACAGCGCUGACCAACUCCUCUUACAACUGCUCCCUCGUGCACGGCGGGCAUGACGGAGAGGGGCAGAACCUCGCAGGAGGCAGUCCCUCGGGGCAGCUGACGAAUGGAGCAGCAGCGCAGCUGUGGGUGAACGAGGGGCAGUGGUACUCCGUGGCCGUUUUCCCUGAUGGCUGUGCGGGCGGCCAGUGGGAAAAGUGUGGGCACUACACGCAGGUCAUUUGGAACGACACGCUCUCGGUGGGGUGUGGCAAGGCAUCGUGCGGCACGAGUGGGGACGUGUGGGCGUGCCAUUACUACCCGCCAGGCAACUACGGCGGUCAACUACCCUAUGUGCAAGACCCGUGCUUCAGAGUGCAGUGUCCAUCCACCUCCACGUGCUCAGCAGUGGACGGCAAGCCCGUGUGCGUGUGUGGAGUGGGUCAGGCGCUCGUCAACAGCUCGCAGUGCCUUCCAGACCCGUGCAUGGGGGUGAGCUGUCCAGCGGGCGACCUGGUGUGUGACGGCAGCACAGGCAAGGCACAGUGCGUCUGCCCCAAGGGGACGCUGCUCGUUGCCCCCAACAUGUGCCUGGUGCCGGUAUGUGUGGGGAUAGAAUGCCCCUCCACGUCUCGCUGCAAGGCCACCAGCAACAACAUCCCCUUCUGUGCCUGCCCUGCCUCCUACUCCCUUGUCAACGCCACCUGCAUUCAAG